CAAAGAGGAGGAGGACAGGACAGAAGGAUAGAAGGACAGAAGGAUAGAGAAGGACAGAAGGAUAGAGAAGGACAGAAGGAUAGAGAAGGACAGAAGGAUAGAGAAGGACAGAAGGACAGGAGGACACGCAGGGAUUCGUUGGGACUGUUUUAUUCUCAGUGUUGGACACACAGCUGCUCCUCCAUUUUUAAAACCCUCCUCCUCCUCCUCCUCCUCCUCUUCAUCAGCUGCAGGAUGACAACACAUUUCAGGAGCGGACCUGCCUUCGGACUUUCUGCCGAGGUCAAGAGUAAACUCGCCGGGAAGUACGACCCCCAGAAGGAGGAAGAGCUCCGGCUGUGGAUUGAGGACGUGACCGGCAAGAGGAUGGGAGACAACUUCAUGGAGAGCCUGAAGGACGGGGCGCUGCUGUGCGAACUCAUUAACGUUCUGCAGCCGGGGUCCGUGAGGAAGAUCAACAGCUCCACUCAGAACUGGCACCAGCUGGAAAACAUCGGGAACUUCGUGCGUGCGAUCACCGAGUACGGCCUGAAGCCUCACGACCUCUUUGAGGCCAACGACCUGUUCGAGAACGUCAACUACACUCAGGUCCAGAGCACACUGCUCGCCCUGGCUGGCCAGGCCAGGUCCAAAGGUUUCCAGUCCAAGUACGACAUGGGAGUGAAGUACGCCGAGAAGCACCAGCGCCGCUUCGCCCCCGAGAAGCUGAGGGAGGGACGCAACGUCAUCGGCCUGCAGAUGGGCACCAACAAGCUCGCCAGCCAAAAGGGCAUGACCUCGUACGGCACGCGACGCCACCUGUAUGAUUCCAAGAGCGGCAUGGACAACCCGCUGGACCAAUCCACCAUCAGCCUACAGAUGGGCACCAACAAGGGAGCCAGCCAGGCCGGGAUGACGGCUCCGGGAACCAGGAGGCACAUCUUCGACAAGAAGCUGGACCUGGAGAACUGUGACAGCACCACCAUCUCCCUGCAGAUGGGCACCAACAAGGUGGCGUCCCAGCAGGGCAUGACCUCGUACGGCCUCCCCCGCCAGGUCUACGACAACAAGUACUGCUCCAACCCCACGGAGGACAACAACGGCAGCGAGGCCGAGUUCGACGGCUACAACCAGUACUCGGAUGAAUAAGAGAUAAAGAGAUGAGUCACGGACAGCCACACUGAACCCCCCCCCACCCCCCCACCCCCCUCCAUUUUGCUUUGACUCCCGACAAACGACCACGACUGUGACGAGCAGAUUUUGAUUCAUCACUGCCGUCCUCGUCUUCCCCCCCACCGAUUCGCUUCUUAAAAGAUUUUUACUCUUAGGACGUAAAACAAUAAAAAGUGUUCACACUGCUAAAUAACCAAAACACUCAGAAGAUGAGAUUUGAUGACCUUUUCUAUUUAUAGAUUUUUUUUCUACUGCUUUUUGUGUUUUGUAAUUAGAGAUUUUAAAUGUUUGAUGCCCCCCCUUCUCCCCCCGCUCACCUCCCUACGACCUUGAGCACUGACAAAGCAGAGUUUUUUUAAAGAUUCCUCCAAAGGAAGCAAGUGCUAUUGGUGCUAUUGAACUUUGACCCGGUUGUGGAAACCCGCAUUCCGGGAUCCGACCGCUCCGGACGCCGCCGACGCUCCGGCUCCACCGCCGGGCCGGGGGCCGCCGGGCCGGAGGACACGUGGCUUCAUCGCUUUGUGUUGUGAGCACCUGACUCAUCGUCAUGUUCACCAGCCUGACAAAUUACCCAUGGUGCCUUUCUCCAGGGGCGGGUUUACAUGGCUUGUGUGAGUCCUUGUGGUUUUCAGUAGAAGUAGCCUGGUGCGUCACACGAUGCAUUUAUGAAAUUAAAGAGUAAACGUUUGAGUCGUGACGUUCGGGUGAAUUUAGUCACCGGUAGUUUUUUGUACUGCGUGUGAACCUGUCGUCUUCUCGUGGAAACUCUCCGAGUCGCCUUCGGCCUCAGUGAACUUCUUCAUUUGCACUUUACCCGGUUUCACUUUGCAGUAACACAGUGGACGGAUGUAACUAAGUACAGUUACUCAGAUUCUGUACUCAGUUAUAAAUUUGAGGUACUUGAACUUGGCCCCAGUUUUUCCAUUUGGUGCCACUUGAAGAUUAUUCUCCACUUUCCUCAGUUGUAGUUAGUUUAAUAAAUCAGAUUUUAACACUCAUAACUCAUUUAUUUAACAAAGAUAAUUUCCUCUGCAUACUUUAGGUACUUUUGAAAUUGCAACAUGAGUAUUUUCACGUGUACUUAUGCAAAGUGUUGAGUACUUUGUCCACCACUGGUAGCAAACCGCAGUAUUACCACAGACCCUGGUGCCUGCUGGUGAUUGUGAUGUUUGUCAAAUCCAGAUGAGAUUCUCCCUCUUUGAAAUGUCAUCACGCUGUAGAACCACAGAAUGUGUUGAAUGUAACGUUGUGAGGUUAGAGGUGUUGUCACCACAUCAGAGAGCAGAGACGUGUGAGUCUGGAACCAACCGGGGCUCAGACGCUGUCACACAUCAGAGCCUCAGAGGGGAAAUGAACCAACUGAGCUGCUGAAGUUUGAGUUUCAACAAAACACCAAAGCUAUGAUACUGGACAUGGAGCAGAGCGCCAUCUAGUGGGGAACAAAGCACACACAGACAUUUACAUCUUCUGAAUUUGUAUUAAUCCAUCAAACGACCAAACUUCUUUUUAAAUCGAUCCAAUGUGAGAGUGAAUCAUAAUUAUCACAGCAUGAUAUUCAGAAAACAACAUCGUCCUCAUGUGUUUCAACAUUUGUUCAAACUACACACUGCGCUUAACUCUUUUCUUCUUUACGCCACAUUUGUGCAAUAAAAACACUUGAAAAAUA